AUGUCCUCGCCUGCUGCACUGGAGCGUUCAUCUCGAACCUACACCACGCUGGAGGCCACCGCCUUGCAUGAGUCCGUCCCCCCAGACCGCUGGUGCGUCACGCGCUCGGACUUGAAAUACUUGGGCCAGGAGGUGCAGAAGGGCAUCAAAGGAGGAGAAAUACGCCGACCUGAUGAUGGCAGCGACGAUUUUAAGGUCUCUGACACGACUUAUGGUCCAAGCAUCUAUACAGUGAACAAGCAGCACAUCAUGCCGGUGACGGAGAAGUUCGGCAAAGUCAGUUGGGCACUGUUGCAACAUCCAGAUGGCUUGGACUGCGAUCUUUUUAUCAGCCAUGCCUGGCAGGAGGGUGUUUUCGAGUUCCUUUCCAAGGUGUUGCAUUCUUGGCCUGCAAACGCACGACACGCCUGGUGCUGUAUGCUGGCCAACCCUCAGAAUUUGGACAUCGGUGUCUUGUUGCAGUCUCCCAGCAGCUCUCCUUUUGCUGUGGCACUUAAAGCCUCGACAUGUGUUCUGGUGGUACCAAACCGCCACUGCAGCAUCUACACCAGGCUUUGGUGCGGCUACGAAGCCUUCAGAGCGCAUGAGGAAGGGAAGGCCAUCUUCAUUGCCCGCGCUCCAACGAGCAAGCAGUUGAUGACUGUCCUGCUGUGGACCAUCUCGGCAGGACUGGCAGGCAUUUCAAUGAGCGUCUGCUUCACGGGUAUCCAUGACCUGUUGGAAAACAGGUUCGUGCGCGGGCUUUCCUUGUGCUUGAUGACUGCUACGGCGUUCGGCAGUGUCUGCAUGGAGCACCAGAUGUGCCGGAAAGUCAUGAACAGGACAGGGGCCUUCAUGUGCGGCUCCCUUCUCUACCCUUGGAAGUCGCUAACUCUUCCCGACUACGACGAGCGCGACGUCUUCAGUGUUGCUGCUCUGACACCCCUCCUGCAUUCUCUGUUUGUUACCGGCAUCCUCAUCUUCGGCUUGCUGGAGGUCGACCGUGUCAACGGGCAAAGUCAGAAAGAGGAGGCGAGGCAACUCAGCCGCGGAUUUCAAGGCAGCAUCGAGCAUGCCAAGUGCUCUGAAGCAGCCGACGCCAGGAGGAUUUUUCAGGAGAUUGGACAGCAGACCAGCGAUGUAGACUACGCCAUACAUGUGCUUCUGGCUGCAGGGAUGUCUACGCCGACACUUCGAACAGUCGCAUGUGCAGGCGUCGACAUUUCUGGGGCAGGCUACACCGAAAUUGCUUUUCCCUGUCUGGACCUGGGGCCAUUCCUUCUUCAUGGCCUGUUGCUGACCGCUGUACUAUCUGUAUAUGUUCCUGAGAUUAUGUACCGUUGGAUUCCUGGCGUCGUUUCUCUUUGUUGCCGCUUUGCGCUGCUCGCUAUUCUCUGGUGUCGCCCGCAGGACGAGAGAUGCUUUACUCUUAAGAUGAUGGCAAAGAUGAUUGCCAUGCAUGUGGGCAUCACUGGCCCUGUGGUGGUUAUGACUAAAAUAACAGCUUCAAGCAACGAUUAUGUAUAUCUUGCGAUAACUCUCUUCAUCAUGUCUGUGCACAUCGCGAUGCUUGGGUUCGCAUGUUUGGGAAUGCGACGACUGGCGACAUUUCUACCUGCAGGGCCGUGCAUGUUGCAGCUUUUUCUUGGUCGCGGUCGUUGCAGUGUCGCCAGUGCAGUGCCUGGCACUUCACCGAGUGUGCCGGCCAUGGAGAUCGAGAGUGACACCGACCCGUCCGAUUCUAACGACUCGUCGGAAUAG